AUGAAUUGCUCAGUUUGUGGAUUAAAUUUUGAGAGAAAAGAUAAAGGAUGUUAGUAAAUGGAAUGUCAACAAUGUAAAUUGAAAUAUCAUCGUUUCUGUUAUGGAUAUAAUAAUUUAGAUGGAGUAUGUGAUCCAUGCUAAGACAUAGCAAAGAAACCAUUAUGUUGUAUAUGUGGAUAGAAGGGUUUAUUAAAACGACUAUCAGAUUAGAGUGGAGUAUAUGUGCAUGUCUCUUGUGCAAUUUUUGCUCCUCAUAUCCAAGUCAUCAAUUAUCAUACAAUGACAUUUGCUACUAAAAGUUAAAUAGACAAAAAAACUAAGGAGAAAUGUACAAAUUGUGGAAAAAGUGGUGCAAACAUUUAAUGCCUAGAUUGUUAAGCUUAUGCUCAUCCUCAUUGCAUUUUUGUAGAAUAAGUGGAAAAGGCAUAAGAAGACAUAGAAACAGAAUAAUGGAUCUUCCAUUUAAAGUUUCAAGCAAAUAAUUAAGAUCCAAAUCAAUUAGAUGUAGAGUCAGGUGAAAUUAAAUGUGAAUUAAAAGAGAUUCAGGAUGCUUUUUACAAUGCUCUUGAUAAGUUUUAAGACAAAUAAAAGAAAAGAGGAAACUAAACACAAUAAUACAAGGAACAUGUAAAAAACACUUUAGAAUCUAUUUUUGAUAAUUAUACAUUACAACAAUGCAAUUAACAAUGGUCAUCAUAAAAUAAGAUAGAAAGUUAUUGCUAAGUGCAUAUGGAAAGUCAUCGUUUAUUUUGUAUAUGUCGUAAAUCUUUGAAUAAUAAAUAAAUGGUAUAAUGUGAUCAUUGUUAUGAAUGGUAUCAUUUUGGAUGUAUUAAACGUAAGAAUGUAAAAGAUGAUAGUUAUAUCUGUGAAGCAUGUAAAGGAUGGAGUGCUAAAAGAACUAAAAUAGAUUUAGAAGAUCCAAAAUUAUUAAACUUUGAAGAUUUAGUUGUUCCUAAAAGUGUUUACAUUUUACAUUUGAUAGACUUACUUCCAUUAUUAUUAUACAUUGAAGCUAUUAUGAAGAGAUUACCAUCUAUUCCAUUAGAUGAAAAUGAUUAUAGAAAUAUCAAAUUCUAUAAACUCUUUUUAGCAUCAUUACCUAUCAAACCAUCUACUGUUAUACAUUUAGAUAAGAUUUUAUUGAAGGAAAAACUAUAAGAAGAAUUAAAAUAGAAAAUGCAUUCAAUCAUACCUACAUAAUUAGAAUAGAGUGAAUUAUUUGCAGAAGAAUUAGUUAAAUCAUUUAAAUUUAAAGGUUAUUAUUUUGAAUUAAGUGAGAAUAAACUUAUUAAAUCUUUUGUUUUAUCAAGAAAAGAUAUAAAAGUAUAAAUUUAAAAAGGAAUUUCUGAAGGAUAUUUAAUGGAAGAUACUUUUAAGAUUCUUAAUGAAAAUAUUGCAGAUAAUUAAAAAAUAUUUAAAUCUCCUAAUGAUAAUUUAGGUUAACUUAUUAAUAGAUACAAAAUGGCAUAAUAAAUCAAAAUUACUUUGAGAUCUUUAUUUGAAGUAGAAAGAAUGUAAAUUGAAUAUCCUAUUAUUGAUAAUCAACUUGAUUUGACUGUUUAUAAAUAAUUAAUCUUGAUUAAGAAUUAAAAAAAUAAACCUAAUAAAAUGAAAUUGAUAGAUUUAAAGAGGAUGGCCAAUCAUAAUAAUGUUACUUUGGGAUGUUUAAAAAUUAUUGAUAAAUUAUUAGAGGAACUCAAUUCAUUAGAAUAAGAGAAUGUUUAGAAUUCUUAUAAAAAAAUAAUAGAAUUUCCAGUCAAUAGUGACAAUCUUAUGAAUUAAUUAUAAUCUUAUUUUGAAUAAGAAUUUAUUGAUGAAUUCAAAGUGGAAUUGGAAUUAAAAAUUGAGAGUUGUUGUAGAUUAACUGAAAAGGAAUAUUCAGGUGUAUAUACUUAUGAAAAUAUCCAAAAGGCUGCUAAGGAUUCUAUUGUUAUAAGAAGUGUAUAUAAUUAAUUAUAAGAAAUUCAUUAAAAAUGUUAAACUUAAAAAAAAGUAACUAUUUAAUUUUGUCAUGAAAUAUUAGAUUUAAUGUAAAAGUGUUAAUUAACUACUAUGUAUAUUGAAAAUCAAAAGACUAAAUUCUUGAAAUUCAGAGAACUCUACAAAAAGUUGAAUGAAUCAAUAACAUUAGAAUAAUUAGAUGAAAUUGAACAUGAAUGUUUUUAACUUGGAUUUGAUAUGGAUGUAGAACAAAGAAGAUAAUAAUUGCUUUAAGCACAAGAGAUUAUUCAAAAUAUAUAACCUAGUUUAUGUGAUUCUUUGGAUGAAUUUAAAAAACUUAAGUCUCUUGAAUUGGAUACAUACAUAAGGUAAACUGAAUAACAAAUUGAUUUUGUGAAGUAAUUAUAUUAUUUGGUAUACAAUUCAUAUGAUACAUUGCCUAAGAUGAUUUAGAAAGUAAAAGAUAUCACAGAUUUAGAUUUUAAUAAUGAAUUAUUAUAUAAAGUAACUAUACCAGAAGUAGUUUAUGAUGAAAUGAAAUAAGUUGUAUAGAAUUUCAGAUAAAUCAAAUGGAGAUGCGAAUGUUAACAAAUAUUAGAUUAAUCAAAUCAAAUGAUGAUUCAAGGGGGUAAUAAAAAAUAUAAUAUAAGUCAAAUAAUACACUUAUUAAAUGCAGAUUCUUAAAUCUAAGAUUCAUUUUACACUUAACAACUUUAGAAGAUAAAGAAGGAAUAUGACAGUUGGAUAAUCAAUUUAUAAGAGUUUGAGAAUUAAUUGGCUGGUCAAGUGGCUCCUCAUUUUAAUUAAUUGAUUAAAUUAAUCAAUAAGAAUCAAUAUUAAGAUAAUAAUUUAUAGACUAAAUUGUGGUAAUAUUAUAUUUAGAUGCUUUGGAUGUAAAAGGCUGCAGAAUUUAUAGAGGCUAAGGCUAAUCCUUAAGCUUACAAGACUUUGAUUUCCUGUGCUACAUAUGCAAAUAUUGAUUAGAAUAAUGUUUUAUUAAUGAAACUUAAAGAACAUCUAUUCAUUAUGGAUGAUUUGGGCAGAAAACUUAAAGAAUAUUAAGAAUAAAGAUUUUUGUGGGUUAAGAGUAGAGAAUAGAUUAAUAAUUUGCAAUCUUAUAAAUCUUACUAUAAGUAUUUGGAGAAUAAACCAGAUGCAGAAUAAAUUAACUAAAUUUAUAUUUAAGCUAAAGAAUAUCCAAUAUUUAAAGUAAAAGAUUUAGCUGAAGAUUUAUAAGAAGUACGUUAAGUGUUACAAUAAUAUAAUGAUUUAGUGUAAAAACAACCAGAUAAUAGUUUAUACAUUUAAUAAUUGUAAAAGAUAAGAACAUAUUAUUGUUGUUGUUUUUUGAAGGUAAAGAAUUUUUGUGUUUAAUUGAUGUACAACAUGAUUAAGUAAUAAUCAUUAAAAUGUUUGAAAUAAUUGAAUCCUACAGAGUAGAUUUUAUAAAGAUUGGAAGAAAUAAAUCUUUUGGUUGCCUUAGGAGGUGAAGAGUGGUUUUAAAAGUUAAGUCUCACUUUCAAAGUGAAAUAGGAGAAUACAAACAAUUCUGAUUUCAAAUUUAUUGAUUGUGUAAGAAUUUAUUAUUAUAUAUUUUUAUAGAGUUUGUCAGAUGAUUUUGAAUGGAUUAGAUGGAUGGAAGAGAGUAGUUAGAAUAUAGGAGAGACUUUUGGUAUUGAAACAAAAAAGUAAUAGAAGGAAUAAAAGAUAAAGAAGAAAAAGUAAUAGAAUUAAUAAGUUCUGGAAGAUAUCACUGAAGAUAUGAGAUAAACACAAAGACUUGAUUUAUAAGUUUGUUUUAAAAAAUGCUCAAAUUGGAAAUAAGUAAAUGAAUAAUAGAUAAGAAAUUUGGAAGCUUAAGUGUUUAUGGAAUAGAGUUUUGAUAAAGAGAAAUAUCUAAAAGAAAUUGAAAAGAUUAAAGUAGUAAUAAAACAAAAUAAAUAAAUAGAGUAAAUAUAUUUAAAUAUAUUUUAUAUAGACUUAAUUAUGAAGAAAUGAAGAAAGCCUAUAAACAAUAUCUCCAUCAAAAGAAAUCAAAUAGUUAACAUACAAGUAGUAAAUAAGCUUUGUAAUUGAAGAGUAUUAAAGUGAUAAAAAAAUAAUCAUAACCAUAAGUUCCUUAAAUUACAAGUGCUUAAAAAUUAAUAUCUUAACAUUCUAUCAAAAGUGAACCAGAUGUUGAAAAGAAAGUCAAACCUGAAAUUCCUAAAUAACCUACUAUUAUUGCUCAACCAAUUCAAAUAGCAAAUGAUGUUCUUUUAUAUAAUCCAGAUGGAUAAAUAGAUACACCUUAUAGAAAAUAAAAAAAUCAAUUGAUGAAUUUAGGAGAGAUUAAUUUAUAAAUUAAGAAAAAAGUUAAUGAUACAAGGGAAUCAUUUCUCAUUAAACCAUAAUUAUUAACUUAUGAACAUCAUAUGGCUUAACAUUUUCCAAAAACUGAAAAUCUUACAAUUACUUGUGAUACAUUCUCACCUGUUAAAGAAGUUAUGGAAUAUUUUACAUAGAGGAAAUCAGGUCAAUUUAGAAUGAUGAUUGGUUGGUUAUAUUCAAAAGAUCUUAAUGUUGCUGGAGAUUUAUUUAAAUUAGCAGAUAAAUUGAAACAUUCUAAAUAAUGUGUUGGAACUAAAUAAGGUGAUGUUGGAUUGACAUUGAUUUAUUAUGAUUACUUGAAUAAACUUAAGCCUACAACUAAAUGGAUUAUAAUGAAAGAAGAAUUAGAGUAAGAAAUUUUUAUAUAUAUUUUAGGAAUCAAUUAAUAAUGGAUAGCUUAAAUAAAUAUCAUAAUUUAGAGAAAUUUAAACCACAUUUAUGUUUCGUGUAUUAUGUUAAAGAUUUCAAAGAAUGUACAAAUACAAUCUUGCCUUAACCAGUUCAAUAUAUUAAUGUAUUGAAGCACAUUCAAUUCAAGAGAGUCAUUGAAAAUCAUAAAUUACAAUAGAAAAAGUAAUAAGGAUAAUUGAUUCCAUCAAAGAAAAAAGAAUUAGAGCCAAUUUCUGAUGAUGAGAAUAAUAAUGGAUUUUAGUAGAAAUAAGAUGUCCAUUCAAUGCUCAUGGAAAUCCCUGGCAUCCUCAGUUUGCUAAAUUAAUGA